AUGGCGCCCGCCAACAAGACACAACGCGAGGGUCUCUCCGUAGAUGGCCAGAUUCUUGAGGCCUGGGGUGAAGGGUGGAAUGUUGGCGCCAUUAUCAUUUUACUUCUCAUUGUAUUUUCCAAUUACAAGAGGAGAAACACCCUUCACAAGCUUAUCCUGCUCGAGUUGGUUCUUGCCAUGGCUCAUGGAACUUUCAUCUUUGCACCUGAUCCGGUGUAUGGCUGGUAUCUGAGCAGCACUGCAGUUCUGCUCUUCGUUUCGUACCAACUACACAAUGUUAUAUCGUGGCUCAAGAUUCGCCCAUUUCUGCCAAUAUGGGGGAGCCGAGUUUUCAUCUUGACCCUGCUCGCAGUGCAGCCAUUCUGGGUCGCCGAAGCCUGGUCCAACUUUGAAUUCUUCAACAAUCUGGGGUCCGAUGUCAAUGUCAAAAUGAGACCAUUCGAAUUCCUUGUGAGGGACCCGUGGUGGAUAUUCACAACCUGGAAACUCAUACAGACCAUUGGAAAUACGUACGGUUUCACGCUGCGCGAACUCAUCAAGAUCAAUGCCCGCUUCGCAACCAUGCUGGGGUGCAUGUUUGUCUCCAUUGCCUUUAUCCUGGCCGACGUUAUCGUGACGUUUCGGAAUCUCAUGGUCUCGGGCAUCAACCCGUACUGGCGAUUGGCAUUGGUCUUCAAGUGCGCCGCCGACACUCUGUUCCUGGACGAUUUCAAGACGGUCCUGGAUCAAAUCUCGCAACAGUCGCUCAGCCGAGUCGCGCACGGCGAACGCAGCGGCAGCGACGGUCGAACGCACAAUCACAGCACGGCGAUUCAUCCGCUUGACAGCGUCACCGCCACGGUCGAGGUACCCGAUAGACCUCCGCCUACCAAGUGGCGGUGGACCCGGCGUGCAUCCUCGUCGGCGUCGAACCGGAGGCCGCCAGACGUUAUCACGGUCGAGAGGGAGAUGACCAUGUUUACCGAGCCGAAAGCCUCGCAAUCCUUCUCUAGCGAUGCACCACUUGUCAAUAAGCCGCCCAAGUCACAUGCACUUGACAAGAAUACAGAAGAGAUGGGACUCACGGCACAGUCGCCACGAAUGCUUGGUGUGCCGAAAGUAACGGAACCUGAAGUUGGAAAAGAAGAUAAGAAGGGUUUUGGCCAAUAA